AAAUUACUGACGGGGGUAGAUAAAGUUCCGCAUUUCGUCUUGAAAAGAGACAAACGCAUCAAGCAUGAAAACCCACUGAUCCAGGGCAGCCAUCGUGAUUAACGAAGAUACGAGGGUGUGUUCUUGUGCAACAAGGCUGGAUCAGCUUAAUCAAGAAAGCUGAAGAAUGAGCGACGAUCUGCGCUCUUUACAGAGUGCAAGCCCAGAUGACGCCUUUGCACCCUGGGCAACGCCCAUCGUAGCCUGUGUGAGAAAUUUCAAAGGUGGCACCCUCAUUGUGAACAGCGCACCAUUCAAAGAAGCUCUUCUGGAAGCAGAGCGAAUAUGGGUAGAAGAAAACAUAGACUACAAGACUGAAGAGGAAAAACAGCACAGAACAGACAAAGACACAUACCAAAGCGAAGAACAAAUUCUAGAACUAGAGUCAGAAAUCGAAAGACUUCGAGUUGAAAAUCGUGACCUAGAAAGAGAUAGGAGUGUUCGAUAUCCUCUCGUUCCCCACUCACCGGAAGUUUCCACCGCCAGACCAGAAAAUAUAGCUGAAUUGCUUUCAGAAACAUACGAUACCGAGUGGCAGUCUGCUUUUGAAUAUUUCAUCUACAAGAAAAAGGUCCGAGAAAGAGAGGCCAUAGAGGAGUUGCUGAAGAUUUUGAAGGACUGUUUUGAGUUUUGUGAGAACCUGUCCCAGGAACAUCUGAAGGAUCUGACUGACGCCUUGUUUGUCCCCACCUCAAACCAGCAGCUACUAAAAAAGAUCCAUGUGCCACAACCUCCAGAAGAAACCAGCCACCAUAUAUCAAUGGAACUGACAAAGAUAAGAAGAUCUGCAAACCAACAAAUAUUCCCAAUAAUUGAACAGUUGUUUUUUGUGUCAGAAAAAGCUCAUUUGAAGGCUCAUUUAAAGACUGUCAAACUUCAUCCGUUUAUUAAACUUUGUCUUAAGUGUGCAUGGAUUUCUAGUGUUCAAGAUAGACCAUUGUCAGUGACCUUCAGAGUGAGACCGGGGUCGCCAUUUUAUCCGGAUGUCAUGAUUCCCCGUAAUGCGCCUGCUCCAAGUGUGGAUUAUUUAGUUUGGCCGAUUGUGUUUCUGAAUGACAAAGGACCACUGUUGAUGAAAGGGAUUGUUCAUUGUUCCAAAUUUAAAUGAAAUAAAGGGUUAUCAAAAUUC